CACAUUAUGAUGACAUUGGCUCUGAAGUGGUUCAAUAAAUUUGGAAUCUUCCAAGUUGUACAAAAAUUGAAAGCAUUGAGUAUCUAUGUCUGACAUACAUUCAACUAUGGAAAUUCAAAUCUAUCAUUGAGCCCCAAUGGCCAAUCAUGCCCAGCCCUGCUGAUUUGGUGAACUAUAACAAUGUUUGUUGUUGGUGUUGAUAGCUUAUUGACCAGAUGUAGAACUCCUUGAGACAUUUUGUCGAUAAUAGCCGCACAAUUCGCUUCAAAUGUUCUCUUCAGAACACAAUUGUGGAUGUCCUUCGUAACAAAGGAUGGCAAGAGGUCAAGGAAGGUGAAAAUGAUUGGGAUUUAUUCUGGUGUGACGUCGGCUGGAUGAGGGAAAAUUUCGAUCAUUUUUAUUUACAAGAACAUGUGAAACUGUGCCAUUUUAGAAAUCAUUAUGAACUUUCACGGAAAAAUUUGAUGGUAAAAAAUCUUAAAAGAUUACGAAAGCAGAUCGAAAGAGAACAUGGAAAAACAGCAGCGACAAAAUGCGAUUUUUAUCCAACAACCUACGAAUUACCAGCAGAAUACCAUAUAUUUGUGGAGGAAUUUAAGAAGAAUCCUGGCAGCGUGUGGAUAAUGAAACCGGUUGCAAAAUCACAAGGGAAAGGCAUAUUCCUCUUUAAGAAAUUAAAAGACAUAAUUGAUUGGAGAAAGGAGGACUAUUACAGGGUUUCUACAGAUGAAAAAAAAGAUGAAAAAGAGCCUCCAGAAACGUAUAUAGUUCAGCGAUACAUCGAGAAUCCUUACUUGAUUGGAGGGAGAAAAUUUGAUAUUCGAGUUUAUGUCCUGGUCACGAGUUAUUCACCUUUGAUUGUAUGGUUGUAUCGCGACGGAUUUGCAAGAUUUUCAAACACCAGAUUUUCGCUGGAUUCAAUUGAUGACACAUAUGUUCAUCUUACAAAUGUCGCUAUUCAGAAAACAGCGCCUGAUUACGACCCGGAAAAGGGUUGCAAAUGGUCGCCUUUGCGUCUCAGAAAGUACCUCACCGCAGAACAUGGCAUGGAGAAGAUAGAGAUUCUUUUUCGCUUGAUUGAUGAAAUUAUAAUAACAAGCUUGCAAGCGGUGCAAAAGAUUAUCAUCAACGAUAAACAUUGCUUUGAACUAUAUGGUUAUGAUGUUCUUCUCGACGAGAAUCUAAAGCCUUGGCUGUUGGAGGUCAACGCUUCACCUUCGCUGACAGCAAGCAGCCCCGCAGACUACGACCUUAAGGUUGGCCUUCUUCUGGAUGUUCUGAGUAUUGUUGACCUGGAAAACAGAUUAACUGGGAAAGAAAAGCGUGUUGGCAACUUUGAUCUGGUCUGGCACGAUGGUCCCGUCGUUGAUGAUGACUUGACAGAAGCAGAUUGCGUUCCAUCUCCUGUUUAUCCAACCAAUAGCUUUUUAGGUUGUCUCAACGAUCGAGACAAACAGCUUUUGCAACUGUACAAAGAUAAACCAGAGAUACGAAAGAAUUCAAUAUCGUGAGAUCGUGAGUGGGUCGGAACUGCCCGGUAGGGGUGCGAGAAAUGUCCCCCCCCCCACUCACCCACAGGAAUAACUUACUAUUUAUAACCUUACAUCUUAGCUAUGUUUAACUUUUUAUCACGAAACUCGCCUACUGUGAAAUUGUCUGGGGCUCCAACUGGCUCGCGCAUGAACGUCUUUACAUGAACUGUGUUUGUGUCGAAAUGCACGAAUUUCGCGUCGUUAACCCGCUGCGGCGAUCUUUCAACGUGCUCUGCUUUCGUUGGCAUCGCGUGUGAAGUAUUGCGGCGCGUCUCAGCGCAUCCAAUUAAUUGCGAAAAAAACUCUAAUCAGCUUUGCCCUGCGCCCUUGCUUUUCAUAAUCUCUUUCAACGGUUGACUCUUGCACGCAGUGCUUUUAGCGGUUGGUCUUUCACGCAGUAUUUUGCGCGCUGUCCUUGUAAUACCGUGAAACGGCUGACCUAUUGUUUUACGAAUUGGCGCACUCGAAUAACAACAAUUAAU